AUGGCGCCCACGCAACAGGCGACCGAACGCACGCCGCUGGUCCACACCCCCGCAGCGAACGGCGCACGCGGCUGCAGCGGCCUUCGACCUCCCGCGCCGUUGCGUCGGGCCCCAGCGUGGCAGUGCUGGCGCUCGACGUCUGCGUGCCAUCGCUUUUACCUGCUGAUCCUCAUGAGCUGCAUCCCCUUUGGCGGCCACUUUGUCAAAAACGGCAUGUCGUCGCUCGAGCAGCUCAUGUUGGACGACGCGGCUUUUCCCAUCACGAACGUCAUGUACGGCGCGCUCCUGUCGGCUGUCUCGGUGCCGAGCAUGUUCCUGCCCUUACUGGGCGGCCGCCUCUUGGACAAGAGCGGCCACCACAGCAUCCGCUUUUUUCUCGCCUGGAUCUGCGUGGGUCAGGCGAUCUUUGCCGUUGGCAUGCAGCUCAAGCUCUACUGGCUCGCGCUCUUUGGGCGCGUCUUUUUCGGCGUCGGCGAAGGAAGUGUCGUCGUUGGCGCUCGAGUCUUUAUUGCCUCGUGGUUCCGCAACAAGGAGCUCACUUUUGCCAUGGGCGUCAGCGUAGCAAUCACGAAUGUCUCCAAGAUGCUGGCAAAAGCUACGGUUGCCCCCAUUGCUCUCUACUUUGGGGGAUAUGUGCAAGCUUUGUGGUACGGAGUGGCUGUCUGUGUAGCCUCGGCCCUUGUCGGUGUCUUGGUAUGCCACCACACACUGAACCUGAAGCGCAUUGUGAAGACCCGCGUGAUCAGCGAGGAGGCUCUAGACCCAGGCUUCCAGUGGCUGAACGACUACGCCGAGAAGGAGCGACACGAACACCGUUGCCGCAAGUCGCACGCGCACACAAAGCGCAUCUCGUGCGACAGCGUACACGACUUCUCGCGCAUGUUCUGGAUCAUUGCCCUGCUGCACGUGAGCUUCAUCAACGUCUUUCAUUUGUUCCAGAACGUGAGUGCGAGCUACCUCUUCCAGCGCUAUGACUACUCCAUCGUGGAAGCUGGUAUCGUGAGCAGCUUUUCUCAUUUGUUUGUGGUGUUUGCGCCUUUCAUCGGCCUUGCCGUUGACCAGUUUGGCGGACGCAGUCUGCUGAUCAUCUUGGCUGCCAUGAUGUCGAUCAUGGCUUACGUGUUCAUGAUCUUUACAGACAUCGCCCCGGUUGUGUCGAUGCUACUGAUUUCCAUCUGCCUGUCGUUCACACCAACUAUCUUGAUGGCCGCGAUCCCCAGUUCCGUGAGCUGCAAGAGUUUUGGCACGGCCUUUGGCAUCGUUGAGAUCACCGACGCUGUUGGCGCUACAUUUGGCAAUCUUUUGGUCGGAUACUUGCGCGACGAAACGGGCAGCUACCGCAAUGUCAUGCUCAUGCUCUUGGGUAUGUCAGUGUUCGUAUUGCUGCUCGCUUUUUUCCUCGUGUUUGAAGACAGUCGCCAGGGCUGGUUGCUCAGCGCUCCCAGAAGACGUCCGCGUGCGUUCACAGCUGGCGAUGAAGAUUGUGUGGAUGAUCCUGCAAUGCUCGAGGCUCGUUGCAGCGCUGAUAGAGAGUCACCUUCAGCACUCGAUGGGCCGACCGUGUAA